AUGUCCCGCCACACAGCAUGUAAAAAGUAUGGUGUUCCGGUAUCAACAAUCCGGCUUAGGAUGAGCGGCAAGUGGAAGAAUCAAAUCACUCGGGGACCACGAUCGGUACUGACGGAUUCAGAAGAGAAGAAAAACAUUCAGUGGUUAACCAUCAUGCAGGAAAGGGGGUUUCCGGUCUCACAAGCAACUUUAAAAUUCAAAGUGAAUGAAUUCAUUGUGCAAGACCCUCGGAAAACACCUUUCAAGGAUGGUCAACCAGGGCGAAAAUGGUUCAAAUCGUUCAUGCGCAGAAAUCCUGGGUUUUCUUUGCGCACACCAGAAUCUAUAACAACUGCCAGUGCCCGUGUAAGUGAAGGUAACAUCCGAGGAUGGUUUAGCAUGACAAAGGAUUGGAUAGAGAAGAACGAUGUCUCAGAGAUACUGCUAGAUGCUUCUAGGGUAUGGAACGGUGAUGAGACGUCGUUUUACCUCCACCCAAAAACGAGAGAAGUGAUCGCUCGAAAAGGAUCUAGAAACGUUUACGAAGUGGAGCAGGCUGCAGGAAAACAAAAUUUUACUGUAAUGUUCUCCUUUAGCGCGGCAGGUGCAGUUGUGACUCCGCAGGUAAUUUUACCUGGACAGCGAGUACGCAAAGAGGUCGCUGAAGGAUUUCCUCCUGACUGGCUUAUUUGGAAAAUGUACAGUUCCCAGUGA